AUGAGUGGAUGUCCUUAUUUUGAGAAGAGGCAUUUAUUGUUUCGAAAUCAGCCUCAGGAGCCUAAAGAAGAGCAAGAUGUCUCUCAGGCAGGCAUCAACAAGGCCAGUAAAGGAGGUGUCAUCUAUGGAGAUUACCUCAAGCUGGAUCAAAUCGUGACAGCACAGGUGUUGCAGAGCGAGCUGAAGGGCAACAAGAUUCACGACGAGCAUCUCUUUAUUGUCACGCAUCAAGCUUACGAGCUAUGGUUCAAGCAAAUUCUAUUCGAGCUGGAUUCAGUCCGUGAGAUCUUCAUUGGUGGACAUGUGCGAGAUGAACGCAACAUGCUCAAAGUCAACAAUCGCAUCCACAGGAUCGUGGUCAUCCUCAGGGUGCUGGUAGAACAGUUCACCAUUCUUGAGACCAUGACAGCCUUGGACUUUUUUGAAUUCAGGGAAUAUCUGUCUCCGGCUUCUGGCUUCCAGAGUCUUCAGUUCCGUCUGUUGGAGAACAAAAUCGGAGUGCCCCACAACAUGAGAGUUCCUUACAACAGGCAACACUAUCGUGACAUUUUCAAGGGUCAGGACAGCGAGUUGCUACUCACUACCGAACAGGAACCCUCGCUCUUGAAAUUGGUCGAGGAGUGGCUGGAGAGGACUCCUGGCCUGGAAACAGAUGGCUUCAACUUCUGGGAGAGUCUGGAAAUCAACAUCUUUAACGGCAUACAUAAGGAAGAGCAGAAUAUUGAGCAAAUGUCAGACUGUGAGGACAAAGAGGAGAUGAUGGCUGAGUUGCUGAAGCAGAAGGAACUUUUCACUGCCUUGUUUGACAUCAAGCAUCAUGAGCACCUACUCGGUAAAGGUGAGAGGCGGCUAUCUUACAAAGCUCUACAAGGUGCUCUCAUGAUCUACUUCUAUAGGGAAGAGCCUCGGUUCCAGGUUCCUUUCCAGCUGCUCACCUCCCUAAUGGACAUCGACAUGCUCAUGACAAAAUGGAGAUACAAUCACGUAUGCAUGGUGCACCGGAUGAUUGGCAGCAAGGCGGGCACAGGGGGCUCGUCUGGAUACCACUACCUGAGAUCAACUGUCAGUGACCGCUACAAAGUCUUUGUGGACUUGUUCAACCUGGCCACGUACCUAGUGCCUCGCCAUUGGGUGCCCAAGUUGACUCCCGAUGUCCACACCUUCCUUUACACGGCUGAGUGCUGCGACAGCUCCUACUGCAGCAGCGAGGACUCGGACUAG